AUGGAAGAAAUAUCUACAUAUAAAUUUGACCCAAAUAUGUUGCCUUCACAAAUAUUUUAUAGUAAAUUGAAGGAAACCUUUACCGAGGGGAAAUAUGGAAAUAUAUUUUGUGUUGGAAGAAGCGAAAAUUCCUUAACAGAGUACCCAAAAAUUCAGUCUUUUUGCUCAAAUAUUAUAUAUUAUUUAAAAAAAGAUAACCUUUCAUUGAAUAAUAACCCUAAUAAGGAUAUGUACUGUAAUCUUUUAGGCUACUGGAUAUAUGAUCAAUUAGUAAAUUAUUUUAAUAAAGAUAAACGUGAUGCUAUGCAUAUUUAUGGUAAAAUCGUGAGUGUAUGGAACAUUAAUUUUAAAAUUAAUACAAAUGCUAAUAUUUCGAAAUGCAUACUGGAUUCUGAAAUGCUUAAUCACAAUGAUUGGGAUAAGAGAAUGAAAUUAUAUGAAUAUUACGUAGAUUAUGAAUUAUACGUUAAACAGCACAUAUCUAAAAUCGAUGAUUGUGAAAAAUUUUAUAAAUACAUUAAAGAUAAAGAAAACCUGUAUGAUCAUUUUAUGGCUCCUUGUUAUGGUAAUAAUAAACAAAGAUGCCCAGAUUUUUAUGAGAAAUGUAAAAUGUACAAUCCAACAAUUGUGUUAAAAACGCGUAAAUGUCAUGAUGAAAUGGUUACACUAGAUAAUGGUUUAAAAAACUUACCUGGAAGAGAUAUUGAAAGUGAUUCACCUAAAAUAGGAGAUAGACAAGGUGUAUCUGAGAUACAGGUUGCACAUGAUUCACUUGAAAUUGGAGCUAUACAAGUUAUAUCUGAAAAUAUGGAAUUAAUACCGCACGAAUCAGAAGGGGGAUAUGAUACUACAUUAAGUCAAAGGGAAUAUUUGGAAAAAUCACAAUUACAUGAGGAGAGUUAUAAACCAUUAAAAUCAUUUGGUAAAGUGAUACUUGGAAUAUUCAUAACUACUAUGACAUUUGGACUUUUAUAUAUAAAAAUUUCACCUACAGAAAAUCUGUUAAGUAAUAAGAUUAAAAUGAUAAAAAAAAUGUUUAGUAAAAAUAAUGAAAAAAAAAAUAAAUAUAUUUUCCCCACAACAACAUAUUUUAAUCAAUUAUCUGAGGACCGUGAAGAGCAUUAUAUAGGAUACAACAAUUUAUAG